CCAUCUUUAGAAACAGUGAGCUCAACACUGAAUGAAACUUAAUUUUCGUCGUUUGUUAAGAGCUGCUCGCCUUUUGGAAUAAUAUUCUUGUCUUUCCAGGUGUUGGAUCAGUGGAGGUGAUCAUGGGGAUCAAGGUUCAGCGCCCUCGGUGCUUCCUUGACAUUGGAAUCAGUAAUGUGCUCGUUGGCAGAGUUGUGGUGGAGUUGUUUUCAGACAUCUGUCCCAAAACAUGUGAAAACUUCAGAUGCCUCUGCACAGGUGAGAAAGGCAUUGGUAAAGGAACUCAGAAACCCCUGCACUACAAAGGAUGUCUGUUCCAUCGAGUUGUAAAAGACUUCAUGAUUCAAGGAGGAGACUUCAGUGAAGGCAAUGGAAGAGGAGGGGAAUCCAUCUAUGGAGGCUUUUUUGAAGAUGAAAGCUUUGCUGUUAAACACAACAAGGAGUACCUGCUGUCUAUGGCCAAUAGGGGCAAAGAUACAAAUGGAUCCCAGUUUUUCAUAACGACAAAACCCUCACCACAUCUGGAUGGUGUCCAUGUGGUUUUUGGUCAUGUGAUCUCUGGCCAAGAGGUUGUUCAAACCAUGGAGAACCAGAAAACGGAUCAUAACAGCAAACCAUAUGCUGACGUAAAAGUUUUAAACUGUGGCGAGCUGGUUCCUAAAUCUAAAGCAAAGAAGGAAGGAAAAAAGAGGGAGCGAGCAUCCUCCAGUUCCAGCAGUAGCUCCAGCAACUCUGAAAGCUCCUCAGAUUCCUCCUCUGAUUCUGAAGAAUCUGAGAAAGAAUCCAAGAAGCGGAAAAAGAAGGCAAAAAAACUGAAAAAGAAACAGAAGAAGAAGGACAAGAAAAGGUCAGAGGCGGAAAGUGCUGAGGAGAAAGAACAAGAGGAGGUGGUUACAUCUACUGUACGUCCUGAAGAAAUACCGCCCAUCCCAGAGAACCGAUUCCUCAUGAGGAGAAGUCCCCAGGCAGUCCAGAAGUCAGUGGGGGAGGCUGAAAAGGAUCAGAGAAAUAAAGAGGAAAGGCCAAGAGAGAGUACUGGCAUAACAUAUAAUUCACAGUCAGCAUAUCAUAGAAGACUGGUGAUGACACGAUCUGGCAGGAAGAUAAAAGGCAGAGGUCCAAGGAGGUACCGGACUCCGUCACGCUCUCGUUCAAGGUCCAGGGAUCGUUUUCGGCGCAGUGAAACUCCUCCACACUGGCGUCAGGAGCUGCAGAGACAGAGGAUGAGGGCAGUCACUGGAGAGCGCUGGAUUAAGGGUGACAGAGGUGACAUGAAUGACGCCAAGGACGAGGCUGCUAAAGCUCCAAGAAGAGAGAGACGAGCCUCCAGCACAAAGCAUGAAAAAACAGCUGAGGGUAAAAAAGACAAGAAAACUCGGUCACAUAGAUCCAAAAGCAAAGAGGAGGAUGCUGUAGAGAAGGAUGAGAAGCAUAGCAAACACACAGCAAAGAAACGAGAUAAAUCUCAGAGUCGCAGUAAAAGCAGAGAAAAGAGCAGAGAAAAGAGCAGAAGGUCAAAAAGCAGAGAUAAAAGUCACAACCCCAAACGUGAUGAGAGGAGAGGUCGCUCGAGGAGCAAAGACCGCAAUAUUAAUAAGAAAGAAAAGGAAUCGGAGUCUGAUCACAGUAAAGAUAGAAAUAAGCGCCAUGAGUCUGAGAAAAAGCAUAAAGAGGACACAAAAGGAAGAAAUGGUGAAAGAACUAGAACAAAGUCAAAAAGCAAAGAAAGAACAACCACAAAAGAUGGGCGCAGAUCAAGCAGCAGAAACAGGGAUAGAGGUGGAACUGCAGCAUCGAAAGACAAAGAAAAACGAGAAAAAGACAGGGAGAGGGGCAGGGAACGUAGCAGGAGUCAGGAAAGACGAUGCAACAGUGAAAGGGAGAAUAAGAGGCGAGGAACGUCCAGGGAUAAGGAACAUCGAACAAGAAGUCCAGACAGAAAUAAAACCAGAGACUCGCACAGAAGCAGGCGCUCCAGAAGUAAGAGUAAUAAGAGAGACCACAGCAAAGAUCGAUCAUCUCAUAGAAAAGACAGAGAAGCCGGCAACCAAAGGAGAAGACGUAGUAGCAGUUCUGAUAGUGACAGAAAUGAUAAAAGGAAAAGUCAAAAGAGCCCAGAUUCCAAAAGAAGAGCUAAUAGUCCCUCCAAAUCCAAAGACAGAAGAAGUCCAGCAAGACCAAGACCAGAUAGUACAAAAGGCAAAGACAAAAAUGACAGCAAGAGGAAUAAAUCAAGCUCUAGCUCCAGCUCUGACAGUGACUGAGCCUGUAAUGGUGUCCUAAAGGAAUAAAUUGGGAUUUUGUCCCUCUUUUAUACCUACUACACACGUAAUAUGCAGCAACAGCUUCUUAUCUAGAGUUGGACAUAUUAACAUUCCUCAUUCAGUGCAAAAAAAAAAAAAACCCACAUCACAGUUCAGCCAAAGCUAACGUGAAUGUACCAAAGUCUGUCAAAGGUCAUUUCUGAAACAAUUCACACCGAUAACACAGAUAAGAAAUUACAACAGAUGUUUGAAGUCAUGAUUGAACGGAGACAAAGCUGUAAAGCAGUAAACGAGGGAGAGACAGUGGCGUAGAGCAGAGCAGUAAACAAAAACCACUGUUAACAUUUAACUUAAAUCUGCAAUUACAAACUCUGUAGCAUCACGUGAGCUUUGGCCAAACUGUGGACUGCAUUUGGGCUCUGAAUGGGGAUUGUGGAUUUGUUCCCCAUUAACUGUGUUGCAUUGUUGAUGGGUAGCUGAAGCUGCAUAGUCAGAUUAGAGAAAAGGAUUUGUAACUGAAAAAAAAUUCACUGACGUUGUAUACUGCAUUAGCAGUAAGUAUAAAAGUACCAGGUUUUCUUUUAAUUGUACAUGACCAGCUGAAGUCAGUUUGAAGGCAGUUUUUUUUUUUUUGGAUUGUUUGGUAAAUUAUAUUUUGGCUUAAUAGCUCCAAUUUCAGAUUGUUUGUUUAAAAAAUGAAGAAAAAGAAAAAAAAGUAAGAUUUUACAGCAACAGAUUCUCUCUUCUUAAAAGUCUUUUCCCCUGAGGAGGUUUUCUACCGAAAUUUGUUUUAAUAUUAUUUAACACAGUUGGUUUUUGGGGAUAAGGACUGCUUAUAACUUUGGCAAAGUCUGAUGUUGACUCAAUUAUUUUUACAACAACAAUCAGUCUGUAAGAGAGAACUUGAGAAAAGAAAAGAAUUUCUUGCAUGCAUGCUCAUCCCUGGCAUUGUUAGAUGAAACAUGUACAUUGUGACUUUUUUUGUACAUCCACAACCUUACUGUAAUCCUGUGUUUUGCGAUACCUCUGGAUUGUUUUUGUGUUUGUUUUUUUUUGUUGUUUUUUUUGAAAGAAUUAAUGUCACUGUCACACUGUAAGUACAACAUAAAAUCAAUUUGUAUAAAUUGUGUUUUGUGGAAGUUGGUUUUGAAAAGAACUCAACUACAGUGUAGAAUGAAUUAAAAUGCUCAAUUUGGAUUUUAA